ACACCAAAACCCAAUUUCAGAACAAACUCUUCCAAUGUUUGUUAUGUCAAAAUUUCUCCAUAUCCAAAUGUUGCAUUUCAGUAAACUAUUAGUGGGAUAUCUUUAGUUUUCACUUUCUUUUGUUGUCAAUUCAGAGAUCUUUUCGUGACAUAGUUUUACUGGUUUAUGUUCCAUGAAAUGAAAGAGGCUGAAAUGGCUGUUCCUCACUUGUUUAGAUGUCCAAUUACUCUAGACUUGUUCAAAGAUCCGGUCACUCUUUGUACAGGUCAAACAUAUGACAGAUCAAGCAUUGAAAAAUGGCUGGCUGCGGGUAAUCUCACAUGUCCGGUCACAAUGCAGCCACUUCAUGAUCCAACCAUGGUUCCGAACCACACCCUUCGACAUUUGAUCGAGCGAUGGCUUCAAAUCGGCCACCACUUAGAUCCCGAAUACUUGGCAAGAAUUGAUUCCUUUGAUGCGCUCAAACGCAGCCUGGAAAGACAAGACCCCGCUGCCUUGGAAGCCAAGCUUCAAGCGCUCGAAAGCAUUCUAGUUCUAUCAGAGGAAUCGUCGUCGAAAUCGUGUUUGGUUCAGUUGGGAUUCUUGCCUUUGCUUUUAGAGCAAGUUUUUGGCAGAUUUGAUGGAGACAAAUCACUCUCUGAAGAGAACACAAAGUUUAUAGAACAAGCACUGUUUUGUGUCAUGAAAUUGUUGCCCUUCUGCGAAUUGGCCAAUCUGAAUGUUCUUCAAGAAGAGUCCAAAUUAACAGCUUUCUUAGCCUUAUUCAAGAAUGGUACUUGUUUAAUUAAGAUGAAAUUGUGUCAACUAAUAGAAAUCACAUCAUCAUCUUCAGAGACAAAAGAACUUCUUUCCAUGCUCGGAAAAAGCAGAGAGCUAUUGCAUGAGAUGAUUCAGUUUGUUCAACAGAAUUCCGAAUCUUCAGACGCUGGGAUCAAAGCCUUGUGGGCGCUAUCUUCCCCCGAAUCGAAUCGACAACUUUUGAUAAAAGAAGGCAUUGUAGAUGGACUAAUCUCGUACGUUUCUCGCAGCGAAAGGAGGGAGAAAAGCUUGGCUGCAUUGGCAAUGGCCACACUUGAGAAGCUUUUAUCAGUUGAGAGUGCAAAAGAGGAACUGAUCAGUAACCCGAAUGGGAUUAGCACUCUUGUUAAGAAGGCUUUUCGAGUGUCGGAUCACGAGGGCAGUGAGAGCGCCGUCGGAGCGCUUAUGAUAGUUUGUUAUGGCUCCUUGCUGGCAAGGGAAGAAGCCAUUGAAGCUGGGGUGUUGACUCAGUUAUUAUUGCUUCUCCAAAGCCAGUGCAAUGGAAGGACCAAAACAAUGGCAAGAAUGCUGCUUAAGCUUCUAAGAUCCAAAAGGAUUGAAGAUCCAAAUCAUGUGUAAUUUGUC